CCGGGUUUGUAGACUGAAAGUGACUUGCAAGUGGGAAGAUGUAAUGUUAAGAUUAUUUUUUAAACCAUUCCUGGCAGGUUUGUAUCUGGGAGACGUUUAUAAACAGCGGUUGCAGUUGAUUUUGGAAAUAAGCUGUUCACCUUUCAUAAAAGAGCUUGGUUCUAUCACGAUCAUACCAGAGGUGACUGCACAUAUCCAAAAUAUGAAGACUCCAUUCUCCCUGUCUUUUAGGCUCUGAAAAGAAGACAAUGAGAUCGAAGACUUGAUUCAAGAUACCGACUUCUUUGAAUGAAGUAGCCAAGUGACUGAAACUGCAGAAACUAUGAAGAAUAUGCUAUUCAAGCUGUGGAAGUCGGUCGAUCCCGGUGUGGCAGUGCCAAUAAGUGUAACGCUGCUAUUAAUAUCUGUUGUGUCUAUAGAAAUUCUUUACUUGAUUUUGGAAGAAGGAGAUGCUCUGGGCUGGAUACAUGAAGGACAGUUUUGGCAUGUAGAGCAUCUAACAUUUUUUGCCUGUGUUCUGCUGAACAUCCUGGGCAAUUUGGUGAUGUUCAAGAAGAGGAAUGCAAGCAUUCAGGGAGUAUUUCUCUCAGGAGUCUCAGUUGGACAGGGCUGGACUUUAACAGAUGAAUCUCCCACUUCUCCACCAGGUCAAGUGAGUUCUUCAGCAUUUGUGUUUGCCUUUGUUGCCGAUACAUGUGUGUUUGGUUUCCUGCUUGUAUCUGGCUUUUUGUUAAUCCACAUCAUCCUGCUGUUUGGAGGACAGACAAAAAAAGAAUGGUUUAAUAGCCAGUUUUCCUAUGAUCUGGGAUGGCACAGAAACAUUAAAGAACUUUUAGGAAAGAGAUGGUACCUUGUGUGGUUGUUUCCACUGGUUAGCUCACCUUUGCCAGGGGAUGGAAUCGACUUUGAAAUGAAACAAGUUAUUCAUUCUCCACCAAAAAUCUUCUAAUGCCUAAAGAUUUAAGAGGAGAAUAGCGGUGUUAAUUCAGUUCAGAACCUCCUCGGUACUGGUCGGAAGAAUGUUUUUUUCCAGGUUUUGAAUGAAAAGACUCGUGCAUAAAUGAAAGGUGGUACCUGUGUAAACAUCUUUACUAUAUUUCAUGGUGGUUUGCAAGACUUAUUCCAUAUACCAGAAACACAUGGACAGAUGUGUUUGAAAUAUAGAAAUCUUUUGAGUUUGAGGAGAACCAAAUGAAUUUUAGAAAAGACUGAAUGGAUUAAUGUGGCAGACUGGGAUCCAUAUUUUGUGUUUUAGAGUUGCAAACUGAUAUUCAUUUGCCUUCGUUCACACGCAUUCAGUUAACAGUCAUUUUGUUCAUAAACUACUGUACAUGAUGCGGCCUUUCAUAUGUAAUGCCCAAGUGCCUGAUAAUUUCAUUAACCAUGUUUUUGUUUUUUACUUAUUGAUAAUUACAGUUAUGCAUAUUGUUAAAAUGGAUGUUCUUUGGGGUUGGUCAUUCUAGCAGUAAAUCAUUACAUUUAAAUUUAUCCACCAAUUGUUUCAGAUGUCUGACUGUUUUUCUAAGCUGUUUCUUUUUGAGGAUCAGUUCUAGUCUUACAACUGCAAAGUUGCUGUCAUGAGUGGAACAAGGCAGCCAGAUAUUUUCAGCAUUACCAAGUGCUCCUGUCAGUUCUUCUCACUUUGUGUGUUCUCCCCCAGCUGCAUACAAGAAAACAUUUGCUGUGUAAGGGGUCAGGUGUUCGCUGUUUUUUUUCAGUGAAAAUAAUUCGUAAGAGAAACAGGAACACCUGCAGGCGAAGGUCGAACAAAUCCACAGCAAAGUACAAUCCAAAGAGAAGACUUCGACCAUCCCAACAAUGAGCAGCAAAAAAAGCAGUGUGAUUAAAACAAACUAAAGUAGAAAUAAAACAAGAAUUUUGCUAACAAAAAGGUAAGCGGUUUUGUGGAAGACUGCUUCCUCAGACCUUUUAAUACAAGACUACAGACUACAGCCCUUAUCAAGAGAGCUGCACCAAUCAACACACAGAAAUCUAAAAAAAAAAAACAAUAAAAACACAUAUAGCAGACUAUUUAAAUGACAGCAAUAGUGACAUCUGCUUUCAGCUAACAGAAAUGUAAAAACAACCAAUAAAAACACAUAUAGCUGAAACAAUUUAAAUAUGACAUCAAUAGUGACGUCUGCUGCUCAUUCAUAAAA